AUGAACACAUGGCUCAUUGAUCUUUGCUACCUCUUCAAUGACUUUGCAUUCCGAUUCUACGACCAAGAACUUCCUGAACCGAAUACAUUUUAUAGGACAUUCAAUUUGAUCGCGAAACCUGGUAUACAUGGGCACACCGGGGCUUCCAGGGUUAUUCAAUCGGACUGGAUCCACCCUGUGAUCCCCCAGUCGUGGUACACCGCAUGCCUCCGGGAGCAUGGCCUCAAAUGCGAAGAGCCGUCGUGGAUGGCUGCCCAACCUUUGUCCAUCGCGACCCCAGAAUGGCUCGUAGAUGUCAAAACAUGGUGUCUGGUACCAUACAAUUCUGAUACUUCCAGAUAUUUCACUCUCUCGUACACAUGGGGAAAUGCGAACUGUCUCCGAACGACCGCUGCAAGUCUUGGACUGUUACAACAACCAGACUCAUUACGCACGACCUAUUUGGGACAAUUACCUCGCACGAUCCAAGACGCAAUCGGAAUCACUGAGUCCCUAGGUGAGACGUAUCUUUGGAUCGACAGCUUAUGCAUUGUCCAAGACGACGCUGCUUCUCUGCAUAACAAUCUCAAUAAUAUGCAUGAUAUCUAUGCUCGGUCAGCGCUAUGCCUUGUCGCCUUUGCUGGGGUAGACGCAAAUCAUGGCUUGAAUGGACUCGAAGGGAUUUCAGGUCCAAGAGUCGUUGAUCAACUUACUUUACCCAUAGCUGAUGGAGAAAACAUAUCGUGGUACAACGCUCCUCGGGCUAGAUGGGACAGCUUUGGAGAACUACCUAAGGACAUCGGACGGACUUAUAAUGAAAGGGGUUGGACAUUUCAGGAGUUUAUAUUCGCCAAACGACGUCUCAUCUUCACCGAUGGGCCUGUCCGCUGGAUCUGCGCCUGUACUAUUUGGGGCGAGGAUAAAAUCGGCGACCUGGUUAUAGACAACAUGACCGAUAUGCCUUUCACGAAAUGGAAAGACCGACAACGUCCUGGUCUGGCAAACUUCUUGACCGAUGUCGCAUCCGAGUACAACGAACGCCACUUCUCCUUUUGGCAGGACAUUUUAAACGCAUUCCUAGGAAUACAGAACCAUCUCCAUAGGACCUUCUUCGGCGGCUUGAACCAUGGGCAUCCGGACAUGUUCUUUGACAUCUCGUUAUUAUGGGAGCCCGAAGCGGAAAUAGCGCGACGGGGUUCUUCCGAGGACGCACCAACCGAAGGAAGAUAUCUGCCUACCUGGUCCUGGAUGGGUUGGCAUGGUGCUUUUCGCUUUCUAUGUGAUCAUGAGUACGAGUGUUAUGACCGCCCUUCAAAUGGAAUUCUGGGACCCGUUGCGCAAUGGUUCACUUUUCAACCGUCCGCGCCCACGAACAGCAAGCGCCUCAUCAAAUGUGAUUGG